GUAGUGGUCUCUGACAGACCACUGCAGGAUCAGACAGUGUGGUACUUUCAUCGUUCAUAGCAUCAUGAGGUUGUUGCUGCUCGUAGGCUGCUUGAUAGCCGUUGUCUCCUGUGCGAGCAAUGGGCCGAAAGUCACUGAUAAGGUAUGGUUCGAAAUCAAGAUCGGCGAUGAGGCUGCGGGUAGAGUAGAGAUCGGUCUGUUCGGUAAAACCGUUCCGAAGACAGUCAAGAAUUUCGUCGAGCUUGCCAAAUUGCCAGAAGGUGAAGGAUACAAGGGCAGCAAAUUCCACAGAGUGAUCAAAGACUUUAUGAUCCAAGGAGGUGACUUCACAAAAGGAGAUGGCACUGGAGGUCGCAGCAUCUAUGGAGAUCGCUUUGCGGAUGAAAACUUCAAAUUGAAGCAUUACGGCGCUGGAUGGCUUUCCAUGGCCAAUGCUGGCAAAGAUACCAACGGGUCUCAAUUCUUUAUCACAGUUAAACAAACACCUUGGCUCGAUGGUAGACAUGUCGUCUUUGGCAAGAUUAUCAAAGGAAUGGAUAUAGUGCGCAAGAUUGAGCAAACGAGCACUGACUCACGAGAUAAGCCACGCAAGGACAUAGUCAUCGCCGACAGCGGCGCGGAGACUGUGACAGAACCAUUUAGUGUAUCUAAGGAUGACGCCACUGAGUAAAUUUCAGCAUUCGCCAACAGCCUCAUUAUUCUUUAUUCCUUUAUUUCUUACAAAACGAUCUCUUUGGAACUGCAUGGUUUUUGACAGCCUUGUUGGUUUUUCUAAAUGAAUGAGUGGCACUAAUAAUAAUCUGUCAUGAUAACUGUUUAACAGUAUUCUAAUGACAGGAUUAACAGGGAAAACGAUUCGGCAACGAUAUCAACGAAAAGCGUUUUGUAAGGUCAUAAAGUGUUAAAGCAACAAUCAAUAAGUAAUAGAAUGAUUGUUUCUAUUCUAAUUGUUAAAAAUUAUGUAUAACUCGCAUUGCACAAUACAUUUUGUACGCAAACAGAUUUUCUACAUUCACAAAUAAAUGUAAGUUGUUUAAAGUA